ACAAAGGAGUCCACUACCACCCACUUUUUUGGGAUGUCCUAGUACGCUGCUACUAAAAGAAAUGUUUGAUCAUAACAAGGCAGCUGUGGAGCAAGACAAAGAUAAAAGUUCCAAAAUGAAGGAUGAAAUUUUUGAAAAGGCUUGGAAUUUUGAAGCACAUUUGAGGUCCUGUUUACAUUGUUGCCUCUUUCCUGAUAGCUACGAAUUUGAGAAGCAAACAAUGGUCCAAUUAUGGGUGGCCGAAGGUUUUUUUGAACCAGAAGGGGAUAGAAUGGAAGAUCGAGCCCGCGCUCACUUUGAUAACUUAUUAGAAAAAGAAUAUGUGGUUGCUACUGAAUUUGAUAGCUUUGGGGCGCCAGUGAAAUACAAGGUCACAGACGCGAUGCAUCGUUUUCUGCAAAUUGCACCACAAGUAGGUGUAAGUUAUUUGAAAGUAGAGGAAACUGAUCAGUUGGGCAGUGUCUCAGAACAAAUGCAACACUUAUUUUUGAUCUCAAAGAACAUUAAACCCACAAGUUUUAAGAUUCUCAGCAGGUUCAAGCACUUGCACACAUUAGUGUUGCUUUGCGAACAUGGUUCUUCUAUGGGACGUGUACCACAGGAUCUUUUCUAUAGUGUGAAGCAGUUGAGGAGUUUGAGUUUGCGUCGAAGUGGCAUAUCUGAAAUACCAAUUUCUAUUGGGAGCUUAAAAUCUUUGCGUUACUUCGAUGUCUCAGGAACACCAAUCAAGUGUUUGCCUGAAUCUAUAGUCCGUCUUCAAAAUUUGCAAACACUAAAACUUGAUGGUUGUGCCAAUCUUGUUGGCUUACCUUUGAAAAUAAGCAAAUUAGCUAACCUCCGCCACUUGGAGUUUGAUUUACGUGGUCCAAUGCCGGUUAAGAUGGGGAAUCUAACCAAUCUACAAACAUUGAGAGCAUUCCCGGUGGGUACGGAGGAUGGUUGUCAUAUUGUGGAAUUAAAGCAUUUAGUUAACCUCAGGGAGUCAUUUUGUAUUUCAAGGCUUGAAAAUGUUUUGAGCUCCCAUGAAGCGAAGGAAGCAGCCAUGACCAAUAAGAAAUACAUUCGUGAACUAGAGCUAAGAUGGGGGUAUCGUUGCAGUGGUAGUUCAAAAUCUGAAGAAGAGAUAUUAGAUUUCCUUAAACCUACUGCAUGCCUUCAGAAAUUGCGAAUCCUUUUCUACAAUGGUUCAAUAUUUCCCAGUUGGAUAAACAAUGGUUCAUAUCUCUGCAACAUUGUUAAUCUUACUCUACAUAGCUGCAGAAAUUGUCUUGUCCUGCCAUCGCUUGGGGGAUUACCAUCACUAAAAGUUCUUUACAUAGUUGAGUUUUCGGAGGUGAGGUUUAUUGAUAAUCACUUCCGUAGAAGUUAUGGUAAUGAAGUGGAUCACGCAUUCCAAAGCUAGAGAAGUUGACAAUUGGUGGCAUGCCUAGUCUAGAAGAGUGGUCGGGAGUGGUAAAUGGUGACUUUCCCUGCCUUUCUUAUUUAAGAAUAAGUAGCUGCCCCAAACUGGUUUCCCUCGAAUGGCUUUCAUUUUUGUGUUCUCUAAAAAGUUUGGAGAUAAGUGACUGUGAGAAAGUUUUCUUGCUGGCCAACUAUAAGCUUUCAUCUUUGCUUGAAUAUCUGAGUAUAACAAAUUGCCCAAACCUAAAAAAAAUAUUCUGCAAGCGUGAAGCUAGUGGUGCGUCUCAGAUAGCUCAUGUGCCUUUUAUACGGAUUGAUUUUGAGAAGAUUUUGUUGAAGGACGGAGAAACUAAGUGUUAAACCAAGGAUUUCUAUGUACUUCUUACUCUAUUAGAUGUGAAGGUAUAAGCUGGAAAUAGACAUGAUCUUGGAAGAAGUUCAUCACCUUGUGCAGGUAAGCUGCACUACAACUUUAUUUAUUUUUAUAAGGAAGCAUUACAGGUAUUAUUGU